ACCAAGCAAGGGCCAGCGCAAGGGCAAACGAAACAAACACCACACAGCAGCAGCAGCGGCGAUCGAGAGAGAAGGGGAAACAAAAGAUUAACCAGACCACGCCCGCAUCCACCAUGUCUGACUUCGCUCAGCUCGCCGCCAAGGCCAAGGAAGAUGGAGCGGCCGCCGCCGCCGCGCCUGUCGACACCACGAGCGAGACGGCCGCGCCCGCCUCCGCAGCAGCAGACGAGGGAGCAGGGGCAGCGGCUGAGGAGGAGAGCACUGCGCAGUUCGAGCCCGUGGUUCAACUGGAGGAGGUGGAGGUGAAGACACACGAAGAGGACGAGGAAGUUCUGUGGAAGAUGCGCGCUAAACUCUUCAUUUUUGGAGAGACAUUGCUUAACAAGGGGACUGGGCAGAAGGAGUGGGUGGAGAGAGGCAUCGGCGAGGUCAAGUUCCUCCAGCACAAGGUGAACCGGUUCGUGCGCGUGCUUAUGCGGCAAGAGAAGACGAUGAAGGUAAUCUGCAACCACGUCGCGGACCCCCGCAUCGUCCUGAAGCCGAACGCGGGCUCCGACCGUUCGUGGGUAUGGAACGCCUUUGACUUCACCGAGGGGCAGCUUGAGGAGAUGACGUUUGCCCUGCGCUUCGGGAACUCAGACUCUGCCAACGAAUUCAAGGAGCAAUUCACGGCGGCCCAAAAGGUAGUGGAGGGUCUCAUGGCGGGAGAAGCGCCGGAACCAGCGGCAGAGGCGGAAGAGACGGCGCCGGCAACGGAGGAGGAGGCGGCAGCGGACCCUAGCACAGAUGCGGCGGCAGAUGCUCUCCAGAACCUUAGCGUUGGAACAGGUGCGGAGGAGGCUGCGCCGGCGGAGAAGGCUUAAGCUGCUUCUCUCUCGCUUCGCUGCGUCUUUCUCCCCUUCCCUCUGAUCAUGGUUUGGUUUGUCUCGACGUCAAUUUUCCUGUAACGGCGUGUUUUGCCAUGGGGGGCUCUUGUUGCCCCGGAGGGUGACGCAGGGGUCGAGGAGAUGACGCUUCGUUUGUCGUCUUGGAAGGGGGAGGUCGAGAGAAGGAGCGGAUGGUUGGUGAGUUAGUUGCUUGGCUUGAAGCUCUUGUCGGGGUCAACAGAGGGAGGGCGGAGGGGGGGGUGAAAUGAAUCUGCGGGGCACCUCGUUGUUUGUAUCGCAUGAAUUGAUGCCAAGUGCCGUCUUCACCCUUGUUCGCCGGUACCCAAUUGGAUACGUUGAAGCGCUUGUCUGGCUAGGGCUACGCAUGGUGGUAGUGUUCUGCUCUAACAGGUUUGCAGGGAGUAGAAUCAUGAGGACGAACCGGUUGCAAUGCGUGGAUGGCUCUUUGGGCUUGCAUUCCCUGGGCGGUUGGCGAAAACAAAAAAAAGUGCGGUUUCUCCGCCUGGUAGCGUGACGGUUAAUUUGCCUGGCUGAGUGUGCCGGUGCCCCCCCCGCCCCCCCCCUCUUUUGUUUUUCGCGGGCGUCGUCUAGCGGCAAUCCGCACGGCUCUCGCCGUCCAUUUUUGUGUUUUUUCGCGCUACGUUUCUUGUUUUUGUGGUGUCGUCGUUAAGCGUGGAAGAAAAUAUUUGAUUCCGCUCUCGAGGAACCUUGGUCUUCCGGCCUGUCUUGAUGUUGAGCUGACGGUGACAUGUGGGGCAACGUUGAUGCGCUUCACCCGAGUGGGAAAUGUGCCUGAUUUACUCAGAAUUUUUAUGGCAGGAGCGGUGGGGUGGUGGUGAUGGAACGUUUAGGCUUUUGGGACAAGGAUCGUUGAGUUGAUGACAUGAGUCGUUUCGUUGAUGGUGGCCAUACGGCACAGAGCACACCAAGCCAGGUCGUGUCAGACGUCCGAGAAAAGCUCCCGCUUCUUGCCAAUCUAGACGGGGCCCGCAGGAUUUCGUGUUUUUGUUUUUGUUUUUAUGUAUGUCGGUUGUCGCGUCUAGGAACCGAUUGAUGGAUGGGAGGCCCAUGGUCGUACUUGCGACGAUGGCGAAUGAAUCAGUAUAUCAUGGGUGGGUGUGCUCGCACUUGCAUCAUGCGGUAGAGGUAAAGGACAAGACUCGGGGGGGUUGCAGGGGUGACGGAGGACGGGCAAAAGUACAAAAGUUUCGACCUCAGUUGUAGCUGCUUUCGCCAGCGGGAGCGAGCAUGGUUGUUUGCGGUGGACUGAGUGUUGUCUGCACGCCCGUUUCGUCGAACAGUUCCCGACAUUCCGGCGUCACUCACUCUAUGUUUGCUUUUCGUUCUCAGCCCCGAACAGUUCACUUCAUGUGGGCGUGCGUUAUUCUAGCUCUGUAUAUUCAUCGUGAAUGAGGACUAUACAUGGAAGCAAAAUCACGCCGCGCGCUAGAGAGAGGGGGGGGCGUCUAGAUCUAGAUGAUGAUUCAUGGAUGUAGUAGGAGUUGGGAACGUUGUUGGCGAAACCGAAACUAUGUUGGAACAUGGACGACCUUGUAUUGCACAUUGGAUAGUCUCCUCUUGGCAUGUCACGCUGUCGCUGCUGCUGCUGCUGCUGCUGCUGCUGCUGCUGCCACCCGUCGAACGUUGUAAGCCAAGCACAGACAAACACAUGUGCAGGAUACCACCUGUACGAAUGUCGGUGACUCUUGGUGAGGUAAUUUGAUAACAGCACAGACAGGCGGCCGCGUGACAGACAGCACACGAUUUAUGCGACGACAGGAAUCUUGUGACUGACGGUCGGACGUGACGUGACACGCAUUUUCUAGAUAAAAAGAGUGGCUUGUGUCAUUUUCUCUUU